CAACAGUGUAAUAAAUGUUUGUGCCCUGUUUGUGUUGCUUGUGUAAGAAAUAACUAAAUUAAAAUAAUCAUAAUUCUAAUUCAUACAUUCAUAAAAUUGUAAUAUACGGGGUAAACUGCGAUUUUCUUACGUACCGGGCAAAACGUUCAACGAUGUCAUCUCACCUUUCUGUAUGUCGGCUAUGUUUGGCAAGUGUUGACGCUCAAAAGGUUUCCUUGUUGAACAACAAUCAGAAUCUUACAAAAUCGAUUCUACAUGUAACAGGAAUUGAGGUUGCGUUAGACCCUUUUUAUCACGAAUACCUCUGUGAUCCGUGCCAAAUCGCAUUGCAACAAUGUGUUCAAUUUCGUACAACUUGUAUUCAUAAUGAUGGUGUUUUCAAAAGUAUGAUCAUCGAAGAGAAAUCUGUCGAAAAGUGUGGAUCAGACCAGAGGCAGCAGACAUUCUCUGUCGAAGUAGAAUUUUGUAAAGUGGAGAUAGACAAUUCGGACGAUGCUCUGAAAAUACCAACAAGCUUGGAUAUCACGGAGUCGCAGGCUGAUGUUGAUAACGAUUUCGAUUGGCAAAACGACGGACAAAAAGAAGAAGAAGAAGAGGUCCGUAAGCCUUCUACUAAGAAAAAACGCAAAGCAAAAACGGAUAAAGUUGCUGUUCCCAAAGUUAAGAAAAAAUAUCAAAAAUCUCGCAAAAAUUCUACUCAAGCUCAGUGUCAACAGUGCGGUGUUCUGGUUGCGCAGUACAAGCUUAAAAGUCAUCAGGAGAUUCACAAUCCCAAUCGCCGGAAACUCAAAUGCACGUACUGUCCGAAAGAGUACACCUGCACCAAAUUGUUCAAACAACACGUGAAUGCAAUACACACUCAUGAGAUCAGGUACACUUGCGAUCAGUGCGGGAAGUAUUACUAUCGACCUCACUCCCUCAAGGAUCACUAUCAGGCAUCGCACAGUGGUGAAAAAAAGUUUGAAUGCAAGAUAUGUGGGGAGAAAUUCACCCGGGCGGCACUGAGAACGCACCAUCAGAUACAAGUCCAUUCGUCUGCGCGGCCGCAUGCUUGCGAGUACUGCAAUAGGACAUACAAAUUCAAGAGUGAUUUGACCGUCCACACCAGAAUCCAUACAGGAGAAAAACCGUUCCAGUGUGACAUAUGCGGCAAAACUUUCAACAAGAGCUACAACGUUGUGAUACAUAAAAAGUCCCAUCGUAAUGAUAAGAACGUGAGCAAAGCGGUUGUGGCGCUGUAGAA